AGGGACUGUUCGCAACAGAGCCGUUUAUGCGCCAUCCCAUCCUUGCAGAGAACCUUCACUCUCCCCGACACCUGGAGAGCAAUGUCCAACAUUGCCGUCAACCAGUCGCCAUGGACAAAGAGGAGGGAAGAAACUUCCUGACUACGCUCCUCAACAAAAACCUGCGCGUUCUAGCCACUGAUGGUCGCAUGUUCCUUGGCCAGUUCAAGUGCACCGAUCCGGAUCGCAAUGUCGUUCUAGCACACACCUACGAAUACCGCCAGCCAUCAGCACAGCAGCGGGCCGAAGCCGCCAAGAAGGCUACAGAAGGAACCGCUUCGGUCACGAUGGACAUGACAUCCAGGUACCUGGGCUUGGUCGUGGUGCCUGGGCAGUACAUUGUGAAGAUUGAAGUGGAAGAAUUCGCGAGUCAGAUCGGGGGCCGGAAUCCAUACGCCGAUGUUGUCGUGUAGGUCUCGAAGCUAGUUGACUAUUUGCGCGACUGAAAUAAGGCAUUAUUUUAAACCAUAGAAUUCCAUCCUAUUUCACCAUAGCAAGUCGACCUCGACUAGAUUACCGAGGCACCAAUUCCUAAACACCUGUACUAAACGCUUUCCUUGUCUUUUGCCAAAACCCGAACAUUA